AUGGCAGACAAAGACGCCUGUCCCGUCGAUCACAAAUCCCGCGAAGCAUGGCUCGCCCAAGCCCGUGAAGCCGAAGCCGCAAAAGCAAAAGCAGCUGGAUGUCCAGUCGACCACACAGCGCAAGCACAGUCGAAAUCAUGGUCUCAAACAUUCUCGUCAUAUCUCCCAUGGUCCUCGAGCAGACCUACACCGCCGCCUACACAAAUUCCUUCGAACGAUGGUCUAGAUACUGAUCGCGUUGUAUCCACAAUUCCACGUACCUCUGGCGGACCUGCGGCGUGUCCGGUCGAUCAUGGAAAGGAACCUGCGAAGCCUGCGAAUCACGAAAUGGAGACUGGUUUAGAUCCCUCUGGAAAUUGGGUUUAUCCUUCGGAGAAGAUGUUUUUCGAUGCGAUGAAGCGGAAGGGUUACGAUGCGAGGGUAGCGGACAUGAAGACUGUUGUGCCGAUUCACAAUGCUGUUAAUGAAAGAGCUUGGAAGGAGAUCAAGGAGUGGGAGGCGCCGUACCUCAAGGGCACAAAAUGCGAUGGCCCCAAGCUCGAAUCUUUUGCCAACAAGAUGGAUCGCAUGACUCCCACCGCUCGCUUCAAUACUAUACUCGGCUACACGGCGCCUUUCGACCGGCACGAUUGGGUUAUCGACCGAUGCGGUACGAGGGUUGACUACGUUAUCGACUUUUACGCCGGACGACCAGAUGGAAAAGGCGGGCCUAGCUUCUAUCUCGAUGUGCGGCCGAAGCUGAAUACAUGGGAGGGCGUUAAGAUGCGAGCCAAGAGGUGGGCAUUCCUUGCAUAG